AGGUACGGCUACUACUACUGUUACCGUCGCUAAUCCGUAAGAAUCGAUCCCAUUUCUGAUGUGAGCAACAAGCACUCCACUGGCUGCCAAAGUAUGACUCCGACUCUCGCUCGGGAUUGAAUCGAACAGGGCUGUGACUCACAGGCGAAAAGGAACUUGGUUUGGGACUCAUCUAGUUGUCGCUGACUACUGCCUAGGCAGACGCAAACCGUAGUGACAACUUACUUACAUAGCGACACAAGCUCGUCAGAAAGUUUGCUUGCCCUCUGCAACCGCGACGCGACAGCUCCUCUCUCUCACUCUACCUAUCUCCUCCCCCUCUGACCGGCUCACCAUCCCUCUGCGUCCCUCUUCUCCAUCUCUUUCAGCCGUUCUCUUGUUUCUUUCUUGGAGACUUUCUCUCCCCCAGCUUCUCCCUCGCCACCGUCUCGUAUCCGGACCUCUCCCGGGCAUGCCUAAGAAAAGACACCAGGCGUUGUAUUCGAAGCCGCAGUCGACUGCUCCGUCGUCAUUGGGUGCCUCAGCUUCAGCCUCUUCUUCUGCCCAGAACCAACAUAAGGGCGUCAACGAACUCUUGGCCGAUCUCCGUCGAUCCUCCCGCGCUACCCCGACAGUAUCAGCAGCAGCAGUAUCCGCAGCCACUGCUCCUACCGUCCCGCCCGCCCUCCGACAGAUCCUCCAGAUCCCAGAGACCCCCCCACCGCCGCCCAGGCGUGUCCCGAGAUUCGACUCUUCAGGCAGGAGAGUGCCACCGGGCCCGCCUCCUCCACGUAGCUGGCUGUCACAAUCGUCCAACCAUGCUCAGCGCGCUCACGCGACCGUCGCCCAGCGCGGCGCCCAGGCCAUUCAGGGCCUGCCGGGGACGUACAAGCCGGAUAAGGGUAGCCUGAUGGACAUCAUGUUGCGCAGGAUGGCCCUGGACUGGGACUUCCAGAGGGAUUACGAUCAGUACUAUCUACACACCUUACCCAGCCGCGUCAGGGCCUCGUUGGCAAGAUACGUCGGCGUAUGGUACGAGCGCGGUGUUUCCGCUGCUGACCUACGCAACAUCCUGAUUCCUCCGUCCUCUGCUCCGGGGCACGAAGAUGACGACACGCACCAGCAGCGCCAGUUCGACGCCGAGGCGCUCGUGUCUCUGAACAGCGAUAUCUACUUCCUAGAUCUGACGGGCUCGCUGGGCCACUCCAUAUCCGUCAGGGAGCUGUCGGACGUCCUCUUCCCUCAGCAGCUAGCGUGCACGUCCGAGGCGGUGCAGGAAUCCUGGGACACGGCAGACGCUCCGUCGCUACCCCCAAAGCUCCUCCCCAACCUCACGCACCUCUGCCUAGCCGUCGCCCCCAGCGUCCACCGGCAAGGCGGGGGCGCUGGGGUCUCGUGGAAGCAGCUCCUCGCACUCGCAGCCAAGCUUCCCACUCUCACACACCUGAGCUUGGCCUACUGGCCCGAGCCGUCGCUGACACCCAACGCCAAGUUCUCCACGAUUGUCUCGCCCGAGGGCCUGACACAGCAGUACUCCGGCACAGGGGCGUACGCACACACCCUCGAUAACGACUGGUCCGAGGCCGUCAUCCUGCUGCGGAAGCUGAGUAAGUGCCUCUAUAGACUCGAGUACCUCGACCUCACGGGGUGCGGGGCGUGGUCCAAAGCGCUCAUGGCCAACGCCGACGGCGACAAGGUCGACUGGGCCGGGCCGUGGGGCAAAGUUUCGACGUUGAAGUUGACGUACGGAUACGAUGUGAGCGAGGACACGCCGAUCGCUGAUUCCGAGAGGUUCCGCGAGGCGGCCGGGACGGCCAGGGCGGUUGAGAAAUACAUCACUGCGCAAAGAGCCGGCAAAGGGAGGUUUAUCAACGUGGACAGAGAUCCCAUCGACGAUGUGUGGUUGUCAUUUAUGUACUAGG